AUGAACGUAAGAAAUGAAAUCAGUCAAUAUAUUGCUCCUACAACAUUCGAUAAUAGUUUAGAGUUAAGCUUUCCACGCCAAUGUUCAAAUAAAACCAAAGAUAUACAUAACGAGAAAAAUGAGCAAGCUAAACCUAUUCCGUGGAAGGAUAUUUUUGAUAGUGAUAUCUUUAAGGAGAUUUAUGACUCAGAUGAUGAUACCAAUGAUAGUUUGCAAAAGAAUAAUUUAAAUCCUUUUUGUAUGGAAUUUCCUUCAAAUAAAAGUAAGCUACAACUAGAAUUAGAUCACGUAGAUUUUUGUGACACUGAAAGAAAACGUAAAAAUACAACAAAAGUCGUAGAGUCGUUGACAAAGAAAACAAAAACAAGUGAACAAAAUAAGGCGAUUCCGAAAAAUAUUUUUCGGAAAGAAAAAUCUAAGACUACCGUCAAAAAUUGGCUUAAUUGUGUAGAUCCAAAUAAUAGAGUGGAACCGGAUACCCGCGACCAAGUUUAUGGUAACGAAAGUGAUUGCAAUACGCAUAAAGCGAGAAUUGGCAAUGAAACUCUACCAAACAAAGACAAAAAUUCAAACGAGUCAGUUAUCAAACAUAAAAAUAAUAAAAAGGUUGUACAAGCACGAUUGGCCAAUAAGGACGGAAUAAUGAAAUAUAGGAAACCUACAAAAGAUGGCGUUGUUAUAGAUAACUGCGAUCGCAAGGACAAUAACGUAAAAAAAAAACUUAUAAAUUCCAAACAUUCAAAGGCAUUAAAAGAUAGAAAGGUUGCAAGGUUCGUUGCGCCAAUUAAAUCACAACUACCGGUUAAAGAUCUAACAUUCAAUGUGAUCCUUGUAAAUGACAACAAUUUCACGGAACAUAUAACUAAAUUAGAUUCUAUAAGCGAUUGUGAAGUUGUUGCAAUAUCAAUGUAUAGGUAA